AUGGGCGGUGAAGUGCGAAUAGCUUGGCUUAUCCUCGGCUGCUUGCUCUUGGUCCGGGCAGGCACAAAGCCAAUCAUCUACAAAAAGGGCAUGGAGCUCCCGGAGACGUUGCCAAAGCCGGAACAAGACAAGCCAAAAUCUGAUACGCCCGACUCGGCGCCGAUCAUCUACAAGAAGGAAGACACAGCGAAGGUACAGCAGCCUCUAACCGCUACAGUCGCGCCAAAGCUUGAUCCAAAGGACACCGAUAAGGGCCCAAAAAUCGAGCCGAAGGUCGAGAUCGUCAAAACGGAGCCGACAACGCACGCUGCUGAAACAACUGCCGCACCAAAAAAGGAGAGCAAAAAACAAGAAGAGGAUUACCUCUCCGACGAUCAGAAACCGGAUGUUGAGGAGGGGAAAGAUGAUAAGGAGGAGGAACAGCAACUCGAGCCCAUUCAAGUGAUUGACGAGGAGUCAAAUGAGGAAUUGGCCAAGUCGACGAAAGAAAAAGUUAAAGAAAUCAAGAAAGCCCAGCGGCUCAAUUAUGAGCCGGAGAGCCAGGACGGCCAUUUUAUGGGCUGGAUGAUCUUCUUGCUGUUGCUUGUCGUCAUCGGAUACGUGGUGAUGCACAACAAGCGGAAGUUGCUCGGCCUCAAGUUUGAGGGUCGCUCAACUCGUCGGGGUUCUCACGCUGCGGCGGCGCCAGAUACCGCCGGCUCAGCCAGCAGGAGCCAGAAAGUG